UAAGUAAAGAAUCGGAGAAAACUUCUCUGAAACAUGGUUUGCUUGGUGUCUCGCUCAGGAAGGGAGUUGCAGAGAUACAAUAAUAUGGGAUUCCGCCAAGUUGUGGGAUGCGUACCAUACAGAUAUAAAGCAGACGUUAAUGGGAAUAUAAUGAGCAAUGAAUUGGAAGUGCUUGUUGUUAGUUCACAGAAAUGUCAGAAGUUCAUGUUCCCAAAGGGGGGCUGGGAACUCGAUGAAUCUGUUGAAGAGGCAGCUUGUAGAGAAUCCCUUGAAGAAGCUGGGGUCAUCGGAAUCGUUGAGGCUCAGUUGGGUCAAUGGAGCUUCAUUAGUAAAAGACAUGGCACUUACUAUGAAGGCCACAUGUUCCCAUUGUUUGUCAAAGAGCAGCUUGAUCUGUGGCCAGAGAAACAUGUACGAAGAAGACUAUGGAUGAGUGUUGCUGAAGCCAGAGAAGUUUGUCAGCACUGGUGGAUGAAAGAAGCCUUGGAUAUAUUGGUUGACAGGCUAAUUACCUCACAGCAACAAAUGGAGGACAUAGCUCUGGCUGAUUCUAACUGAAAUUUGUGAAAAACAAGUUAGAUAUGCAAAAUAGAAAUUCUUAAUUUUUUUCAUGGGUGAAUAGAAAGUGUUCAGCAUAUUAAAUUCCAAUGGUUAAUAUAUGUAAGCAGAGAAGCUUAAAGAGGAGUGAUCAGGGAAAGAGACACGGAAUUGUAGAGAAUGAAAAAUAUGAGUACUUUCUUUUUUAUGCUUAUAUUGCAUCAUACUGCCUCAUGUUCUUAAUUAAGUGUUUGUUUGACUUUUAUUUUGAUUCUAA